AUGCAGCACGAUAGGUCAACCAAUAGAGUAUUCUGCUAUCAAAUAGCCGCUGCGAUCAAUAUUGGAGAUAUUUUCUUAUAUGCUAACACUGCUGCUCUAGCGUGGAAUUUACCUACUGACUCUAAAUUACUACUGAUGUUUAAACAAUAUGAAAAAACUGCUCAACGUCGAGGUGAUGAAAAAAGCAUAUAUUAUGUUGAUGAAAAUGGAAAGUUUCUUGGUAGAGUCCCUUACAGAAGACCAACUAUCGUGAAUCCAGCUUUCGCAAAACGUAGUGUCGACGAACCAGUGACACUCAAAGAGAAAAUGAAAAUAAAUCGAGUAAAAAUGCAUGCGAUACAAUCAAAACGAAAUUUUCUAGACAGAGAGCAUAUGGACGAUGACAGUGUACAAUUUCAUCGGAAUAAUCGGGUGCAGAUCUACAAAAAAUUAGUGCCGCUUAUCACUGCACUGGGAGGCGACGGCCGACAGUGCGUUCUUUACAAACUAUGCGAGACAGGAAGGAUUUCGAGGCAAGGCACAUUCCAGGAGGAGCUCCUACGGGUUGUCUUUACGUUACCGAAAGGCAAGGAAUUUGAAGAUGAAAGUCAUAAGGAUUUUGAUAAAGCGCAUAGUGCAAGCGACGAUUGUGCUAAAUUAUAUCCUGGAUGUUCCAUAGACCUUUCGAGUUAU